AUGUUGGAAUAUCUCUAUCUGUCGUAUUAUGAUAUUGAUGAAAUUGAAGCUAUGGUAGCAUUCCAUGUACUGGGGAAGCUUCACAACCUGCGGGUACUGUGCUUGACUGCUGGGCACAAGCCAGUGCCUCAUCAUCUGAUUGCUCUGCCAUUCAGGAGCGGAAGCCUGUCAAAACUUGAAUAUCUUCAUUUGUCGCAAAUCUCUGAUCUAGGGGAUGAUACAGUGAUAGCCAUCUCAACAGGGUGUCCUCAACUGCGAGAGCUGACAUUGAUUGAAUGUGGUGGGCUCACAGCUGUUGCCUUCAAGUUUAUCUAUUUACUCACAAAUCUGGAAAAGCUCGAAAUUGAUUCUUGUUGGAGCCUUGGUGAAGAAGCAGCUCACUACAUCUCUAUGCUGCCAGCAAUCCAUUAUAUGCAUUUCCAUACUAAUCAGUGUUGUUCAGGAGAUAUAGGAAAAUGCUUUAGAUUUCCUCCCGUUCCAAGAGACUGCGAAGGGCUGACAAUAAAAGCAUGGAGACUGUGUGGAUGAGAUGUGCACUCACAUGCCAGAGCUGCAAGCUGAAGAUAUCUGAGGUUCAUACCUGUACAUGGUGAAUGGAUAUAGUGACACUUUGUAUCCAGUGACAGUGCGUAUGUUGAAACUGUAAAAUUGUAUGUUGGAAGUGUUAAGAAUGCUGAUUAAUUGUGCAAAUGACAGAACUUCAUUAAUUUCAAAUUCAGUGAUACUCGACAACAGAUGUACUAGGAGGAUCAACUCGCAUCUGCCUUAACGUCAAGGAUAG